AUGGCGAAUCACGCAGGCGGAGAGCUCUCGCAUGAGGAGGUCUGGGACGAUUCUGAUCUUGUACAAAACUGGAACGAUGCAUUCGAAGAGUACAAGAAAUAUCACAGUCUAGCUGCGAGAGGCGAACAGGUUCAAUCAUCUAGUGCAUCGAAAGCGACGAGCGGGCCCAAUGGAGCUCUGAAACCCUCAACCACACCUGCGAACUUCGUCCCUGCUCUGGUUGCAUCACAAGCAGAGACGGCUUCAUCAGCGCCACAACCUGUGGCCGGACCGGCAGGCACUGCACAAACUAAUGUGUCUGCCCUUCCGCCUGCUCCUCAUGGACUGGGGAGUCUGCUUCCGACGCUUGUCUCUUCAAGUCUCUAUGAAGGCCAACAGAAAGCCUGGGCGAGUAUGCAAGAACCGCAGCAAGAAGGCUGA